CUUUUUAACUUACUAUAAUUUUCCUCAUUUUUAUAUUUCGAAAUGAUAUUUUAUUUUUUUUACUUUAUGUAUAUAAAGAGCACUUCCUCUCUUUUCUUUUGCACUCUCACUAGAUUCUCAGGGAGAGAUCCACAUAGAAAAAAUAAUGAAUAAACAGGUGAUUGAGGAAGAGUUGAAAAGGGGGUGGGAAGCAACAAGUCAGCUACGGAGUUUACUUGAUCUUCCACCUGAAGAGAGAAGUCAAUACAUUAAUAAUGAAAAAAUGAGAGAACUUAUGCAAAAUUAUUCCAACAUUAUUGUCAAUUCAUUUGACACUUCCAUUUCCAUCAUUGAUAAGAUUGCUGAGUCCAGGAAAUUGGGAGCUUCAAUUGACCAAACAACAAACAUCAAUCCACCUAAGAGCAGGCUACGUACAAUUAAUUCUCCUAAUCUUACACCUGAUGGGUACACUUGGAGAAAAUAUGGUCAGAAGUUGAUUCUCAACACUAAGCACCCUAGGGAAUACUACAGGUGUGCAUAUAAAGAUGAUCAAAAAUGUGAAGCAACCAAACAUGUCCAAAAGAUAUCAGAUAAUCCCACAAAAUAUAGGAUUACUUACCAUGCUGACCAUACUUGCCAACAAAAUCUCGUCAACAAUAACAAUUCCCCAAACAUUAAUCUUUUAGAUUCUAUUGAAAAAGAUUCUACCACUUUCAUAAGUUUUGAGACAAAAAACUCUACUCCAAAACAAGACCUUAAGCCUCAUGUCCUUGAUUCAUCCACUCUUUCAAAUUACCCUAUUCUCAACCCUCCAUUGGUAAUGCCACAUGAAGGUGAUUGUCCUCCGUCGUCGUCGUCGCCGCCGCUAGCUGAUGAUAUUGCCUGUUUCAGCCAUUCAGACGUACUCUUUUCACCAAGAACAUUCAUGGCCCCAAAUUAUAUAGCUAGCUCAAAUGUGGAGGCAGCAGAGGAUUACUAUCUGAGGGCUGAUGAUGCAUUUGAUUUGUGUGAUGCAUUGCAAGACAUCCCACUUUGGGAUUGAAGUUUUGAUGAUAUUGCUAUCGUCCAUCAUUGAUAGAGUAUAAAUCUAUUCCUGGGGCCUCGAUAUCUUGCUACAAAUUUUUCUUUGAUUACACUUUGAAUAAGGGAGAUAAGAUGAACAUUAGUUGAGUAGAGCAUCAAGUGUUGUGAAAGUAUAGUGUAUAGGGUUAGUAUCAUUCGUUGGCACUUUUGAAUCCUUUUUUUUUAUUUGGUGCGAAUUUUGGAAAUUUUGUUAGUCUUAUUUAUCCUCAGAUCAUAUUAGUCCUUCAAAGCAAUUUC